UUGGGGAGCCUGCGCGCCGAGCCGAGCGGAGCCGCGGAGGGAGGGAUGGGGAGCGGGCCGCCCGGGCUGCAGCUGCACCGGCGCGGGGCGUAGGCGGGUCGAGCCGGCGGGAGCAGGCGCUAGGGCGAGAAGUGAGCGGCGCAGGAGUACUUUGCGAUAGGAUGAGGCUCCUGGCUGGCGCGCGAUAGUACUAUGAUUUGGUAUGUGGCCACUUUGAUAGCAAGUGUGAUCAGCACCCGAGGUCUGGCAGCUCAAGUUGCCCACGGCCUGCGAGAGGAGCCCGAGUUUGUGACAGCGCGAGCUGGCGAGGCCGUGGUUCUGCGAUGCGACGUGAUCCACCCGGUGACAGGGCAGCCCCCGCCCUAUGUUGUGGAGUGGUUCAAGUUCGGGGUGCCCAUCCCCAUCUUCAUCAAGUUUGGCUACUACCCACCCCAUGUGGACCCUGAGUAUGCAGGCCGAGCGAGUCUUCACGACAAAGCUUCGCUGCGGCUGGAGCAGGUUCGCUCCGAGGACCAGGGCUGGUACGAGUGCAAAGUGCUCAUGCUGGACCAGCAGUAUGACACCUUCCACAACGGCAGCUGGGUGCACCUCACCAUCAACGCUCCCCCAACCUUUACAGAAACACCCCCCCAGUACAUUGAGGCCAAGGAGGGGGGCAGUGUCACCAUGACCUGCACAGCUUUUGGGAACCCCAAGCCGAUUGUCACCUGGCUCAAGGAGGGGACACUCCUAGGUGCUAGUGGGAAAUACCAGGUGAGUGACGGGAGCCUGACGGUGACGUCAGUCAGUCGGGAGGACAGAGGUGCCUACACCUGUCGCGCAUACAGCAUCCAGGGAGAGGCGGUCCAUACCACCCACCUGCUUGUGCAAGGGCCUCCCUUCAUAGUGUCCCCUCCUGAGAACAUCACUGUCAACAUAUCCCAGGAUGCUCUGCUUACCUGCCGGGCGGAGGCGUAUCCCGGCAACCUCACUUACACCUGGUACUGGCAGGAUGAGAAUGUCUACUUUCAGAAUGACCUGAAGCUGAGAGUGCGGAUCCUUAUCGACGGCACCCUGAUCAUCUUCCGGGUGAAGCCCGAGGAUGCGGGGAAGUACACCUGCGUCCCUAGCAACAGCCUGGGGCGCUCCCCCUCGGCCUCCGCCUACCUGACUGUGCAGUACCCAGCCCGUGUCCUCAACAUGCCCCCUGUAAUCUAUGUGCCCGUGGGAAUUCAUGGCUAUAUCCGCUGCCCCGUGGACGCAGAGCCGCCGGCCACCGUGGUCAAGUGGAACAAGGACGGCCGCCCCCUGCAGGUCGAGAAGAAUCUCGGUUGGACCCUGAUGGAGGACGGCUCCAUCCGCAUCGAGGAGGCCACAGAAGAGGCCCUUGGCACCUACACCUGUGUGCCUUACAACACCUUGGGGACCAUGGGCCAGUCUGCUCCCGCGCGGCUCGUCCUGAAGGACCCCCCGUACUUCACGGUGCUACCAGGCUGGGAGUACAGGCAGGAGGCCGGCCGGGAGCUCCUGAUCCCCUGUGCUGCUGCAGGGGACCCCUUCCCUGUCAUCACCUGGAGAAAGGUAGGGAAGCCCAGCAGAAGCAAGCACAGUGCCCUGCCCAGCGGGAGCCUCCAGUUUCGAGCCCUGAGCAAGGAGGACCACGGCGAGUGGGAGUGCAUCGCCACCAACGUGGUCACCAGCAUCACUGCCAGCACCCACCUGACCGUCAUCGGCACCAGCCCCCACGCCCCAGGCGGAGUCCGGGUCCAGGUCUCCAUGACAACUGCCAACGUGUCCUGGGAGCCCGGCUACGAUGGAGGAUUCGAGCAGACAUUCUCAGUUUGGUACGGACCUCUGAUGAAGCGGGCGCAGUUUGGACCUCAUGACUGGCUGUCUCUGUCAGUGCCCCCGGGACCCAACUGGCUGCUCGUGGAUGCCCUGGAGCCCGAGACGGCGUACCAGUUCAGCGUCCUGGCCCAGAACAGGCUGGGGACGAGCGCCUUCAGUGAGGUGGUCACUGUGAACACUUUAGCAUUCCCCAUCACAACCCCAGAACCCCUGGUGCUGGUUACCCCACCGCGGUGCCUCACAGCCAAUCGGACCCAGCAGGGCGUGCUGCUGUCCUGGCUGCCACCUGCCAACCACAGCUUCCCCAUCGACCGCUACGUCAUGGAGUUCCGUGUCGGAGAGCGCUGGGAGAUGCUAGACGAUGCCAUCCCAGGCACCGAUGGAGACUUCUUUGCCAAGGAUCUGUCCCAGGACACCUGGUAUGAGUUCCGGGUUUUGGCCGUCAUGCAGGACCUGGUCAGCGAGCCCAGCAACAUUGCCGGCGUCUCCAGCACAGACAUCUUCCCCCAGCCGGACCUGACGGAUGACGGCCUGGCGCGGCCCGUGCUGGCUGGCAUCGUAGCCACCAUCUGCUUCCUGGCGGCCGCCAUCCUCUUCAGCACCCUGGCCGCCUGCUUUGUCAACAAGCAGCGCAAGCGUAAGCUCAAGCGCAAAAAAGACCCUCCGCUCUCCAUCACUCACUGCAGGAAGAGCCUGGAGUCCCCCCUGUCCUCGGGCAAGGUGAGCCCAGAGAGCAUCCGAACGCUCCGGCCCCCCUCCGAGUCCUCUGACGACCAGGGCCAGCCCUCAGCCAAGAGGAUGCUGAGCCCCAGCCGGGAGAAGGAGCUCUCCUUGUACAAGAAGACCAAGAGGGCCAUCAGCAGCAAGAAGUACAGCGUGGCCAAGGCGGAGGCCGAGGCCGAGGCCACGACGCCCAUCGAGCUCAUCAGCAGAGGCCCCGACGGCCGCUUUGUGAUGGGGCCCUCCGAAGUGGAGCCCGCCGUGAAGGGCAGGCGCAUCGAGGGCUUUCCCUUUGCGGAGGAGACGGACAUGUACCCCGAGUUCCGCCAGUCUGACGAGGAGAAUGAGGACCCCCUGGUGCCCACCUCGGUGGCUGCCCUGAAGUCCCAGCUGACCCCUCUGUCAUCCAGCCAGGAGUCCUACCUGCCUCCACCAGCAUACAGCCCCCGGUUCCAGCCCCGCGGGCUCGAGGGCCCCGGCGGCCUGGAGGGGCGGCUCCAGGCCACAGGCCAGGCCCGGCCGCCCGCCCCCCGGUCCUUCCACCACGGCCAGUACUAUGGGUACCUGAGCAGCAGCAGCCCUGGGGAGGUGGAGCCGCCACCGUUCUACAUGCCGGAAGUGGGCAGCCCCCUGAGCUCAGUCAUGUCCUCCCCGCCCCUGCACUCAGAGGGGCCCUUCGGCCACCCCACCAUCCCCGAGGAGAACGGAGAGAACGCGUCCAACAGCACGCUGCCCUUGACUCAGACCCCCACGGGCGGGCGCUCCCCGGAGCCCUGGGGCCGGCCGGAGUUCCCCUUCGGGGGCCUGGAAACCCCGGCCAUGAUGUUCCCCCACCAGCUGCACCCCUGUGAUGUGGCCGAGAGUCUGCAGCCCAAGGCCUGCCUCCCCCGAGGACUGCCCCCCUCCUCCCUCCAGGUGCCCUCGGCCUACCCAGGCAUCCUGUCUCUGGAGGCACCGAAGGGUUGGGCAGGCAAGUCGCCGGGCAGAGUCCCCGCACCAGUGCCCCCCGCCGCCAAGUGGCAGGACAGACCCGUGCAGCCACUGGUGAGCCAAGGGCAGCUAAGACAUACCAGCCAAGGUAUGGGCAUCCCUGUGCUGCCUUACCCCGAGCCCACCGAGCCGGGGGGACAUGGUGGCCCCAGCACAUUCGGCCUGGACACCCGGUGGUACCAGCCGCAGCCCCGGCCCCGGCCCAGCCCCCGGCAGGCCAGGCGCGCCGAGCCCAGUUUACAUCAAGUGGUGCUACAGCCCUCUCGGCUCUCGCCUCUGACCCAAAGCCCCCUCAGCUCCCGCACCGGCUCCCCGGAGCUGGCCGCCCGGGCCCGGCCUCGCCCGGGCCUCCUGCAGCAGGCCGAGAUGUCCGAGAUCACCCUCCAGCCGCCGGCCGCCGUCAGCUUCUCCUGCAAGUCCACGCCGUCCACGGGCUCCCCGUCCCAGAGCAGCCGCAGCGGGAGCCCCAGCUACCGGCCCGCCGUGGGCUUCACCACUCUGGCCACGGGCUACCCCUCCCCUCCGAUGGGCCCCGCGGGGCCUGCGGACAAGUUGGAUGUGUUUGGACAGACGCCUUCCCCCCGAAGGAUGGGGGAGGAGCUGCUCAGACCAGAGCCCCCCCCACCACAGUUACCUACUUCAGGGACACAUCCGCCUGCACCCGGGAACGCCACCGCCGCACCUGAGAGGCUGGAGGCUCUGAAGUACCAACGGAUAAAGAAGCCCAAAAAGUCAUCCAAGGGCUCCUCGAAGUCAAAGAAACGAUCCGACGGUCCUGCCUCCCAGGCUCAGCAGCUUCCAAACUCUCAGGUCCUGUGGCCCGACGAAGCUGUCUGCCUCCGGAAGAAGAAGAGACACUCCCGGCCGGACCCCUUUGCCCGCCUCUCAGACUUGUGCCAUCGCCAGCUUCCGGAAGACCAGACGGCCAUCCUCAACAGCGUGGACCAUGACGACCCCGGCCAUGCCACCCUGCUGUGACGACACCACUCUGAAGUGCUCCCGGAGUGAGAGGGCGGGCCGAGGGCCAGGGCGGGGUGAGCCGUGCUGGGUGCCCGGGCCUCGGACCCCCACCACCCACCCCGCCCCCAGUGUCCUGGCCGGUACUCCCGAGGGCUGCUCACACCUCUGUUCUGCUUCUGCCCCUUUAUCUCCAGGCAGAGAGGUGUCUCCUCCGCACCCAGCCUGCUGGCCUCGUCUGUAGGACAUGGGGCCUAGCAGACCCUCCGGUGGUGAGUGGAGAUCAGCACGUGGACCAGGGACAGGGCGGGAUGCCUGAGUCCGCCCACCACCCCCCUCUUCACGCCGUGGGUUUUUCUCACCUCUUCAAAGAUCUUUGCGAGUGAGGAGGAAAGCGAUGGCUCGUACUGCUCUCGGCUUCUGCUUCGGUUUUUUAAGUCCUCCCAAGCGCUGCAUAUAUAUAUAGACAUAGGUGCAAAUCAUAGGUUUGUAGUGUGUGGGCUUCUCUCUGUGUAUAUAGAUGUACAUUGAAGCAAAGUGCUGUUCCUUUCCAUGGUCAGUGAUCAAGGAGGAAGCUCGGCGAGCGGGACUGCAGAGAGCUGGGUGGGCGUCCUGACCUCCGUCUCAGGGAUUUUCCUCCCUGAAACGGGGGUCACGCCUUCUCAGCCAAACCCACCAUUGGACUCUCCACCUUCUCCCGUCCAGAGCAGAAAUGGGGCUUGCCGUUGAUUUCCAGCUGCCUGCUCUGGGGGUGCAGCCACGAGUCGCCCCAGAACGGAACACAAGCCUCAAUCUCUUGGUUCCUGGGUGAAGAAAGGGUGGUAGGCAAAGGGCCGGGCUGGCAUCUUCCUUCCACUGUUGGGCUCAGGAGUGGAAGCUUCUUAGCAGCAGGGUCGAGGAGCCUGCCUGCUGCACCAGCUCACGUGCUCACCCAUCACCCUCUUCACGCCGCCCAGCCCCGGCCGGCGGGAGCCUGGGGUCCCAGGGGCCUCCGUUCCAGAGCCGUCUGCGCCGCACACCUCACCGCCGCUGCUCUAUUCAUAGCCCGCCUCCGGCUCGGCGCCCUCAGAGCGCUGAUCCAGAGCCGCUGACUGGGUUCUUCCUUUCCUUUUGUGGGAGCUAAUUUCCCAGAUUGAUUAAUUGCCACGUGCAGGGAGCCCGCCGGCGGCUCCUCUCCCUGCACUCCAUGUGCUGCCUGCAGACUCUUCUCUGCCGGGGGGGACCCCUCCACCCUGUGGGCCCCGCGUGGGCGGACCGGAUCAGACAAAGCUAGGAUGCCUGGGGGUUCUGGGAGUGCUCUGGACCCCUUCCCUCCCCCUGGUUCUGUUUAAGUGGAACUGGCUGAGGCAUGGAAUGAAAGUAGAAGGGGCGCUCUGCCCAAAUCUUGUCCUAGUUCAACUGUUAGCACCAGACGCUUCUGUGAGGUCAUCUUAAAACACCUAAAGAUGCAUCCAUCUCCCCCCGCCCCUCUCCUCCUCUCUCCAGUCAGAUGAUGGCACUGCCCAGGCACAGGGCAGAGUCUGAGGGGGACGGGGCGUAUCUGGUUUCUCUUCCCUCCUGUGCGGGAGCCGCCCUGCUGGCUGCCCGGAUCCAGGUGGCCUUCAGGUUCCUUGAAGUCUCUCCUUCUUGGUGCUGCUGUCCUGCUGAGUUUGGGGACAUCUACCUCUCCUCAGUCAGUUGCUCACACGUCGGCCAAGUCCAAGCACUGGAGGCGGCUGCCAGGGGCCCAGCCCCAUGCCUGAGGCCGGCGGGGUCUCCGAGAGCAGGAGGCCGCUCCUGCAGGGCGCUUCCCUGCCAGGGCUGGGCGCUCCGCCACCCAGACCCAGUGCUUCCUUUCUCUCGUGGGGACCGGUUCCACCGCGGGUCUGCCAUCCCAGGCGCAGCACAGUUGGUUUCUGAAUGCAACGCACCGUGCAAGAGGCAGAAAGGGGCAGUGUCUGGCCCUUGUCUGUCAAUAGCCUCAUCGCCGGGGCUGGGCCCACGCCCUGGGGUGGACCCUGGGCCUUCUGGCUAAUGUUACCCUUCUCUGGACAUCCAAUUCCACGUUCCCACCGGCCCUCGGCCCCAGCCAACGGGAGCCGGGGGUGGUGGCAGUCUUCCAUCCGGGGCAGUUCUGCCUCUGCCACGAGCCCAUCAGUGGUCACGGACACGUCUGCUGGGCACGGGGCCUCGCUCUGCAUCCAGCGCCUCCACCUGUGCUCACGACCUGUCUCGGCUUCCACAUCGAUGUGGGAUGUCAGGGAUGUGAGUCUUCAGGAUGAAUUAGAUCAGACUUUCUCAGCCUUGAGUUGGAAUUCUGGGCCCUUAUGGUUCCAAAAGGAGAUGAGGGGGAAGCUUUGCCUUUUUGGGGGUGUCAUAUAGGAUGGAGAGCCAAAGUAGGAGCUGAGGUGCAGCGGGCUAUGGGGCUAUGGCUGAGCUUUCCAGGGGGACCCCACCACCUUGAGUGUCACCAGCGCUGACCAAGGUGCUGAAUCCUUUUUCCCUUCCUCUGGCCACGCCCUCACCUCCAGCACAGCAUGCUCAAGAUGGGAGCAGUGUGUGUGGCUGACCACUGGGCGGCAGCUGUUGCCAAGGGCAAGGGAAGGACACAGGCCACCCUCUCUGAGUGGCCACGGGUUCAUUUCUCCUCCCAAGAGCGCUUCCUUCAGUGACAGUGUCUUUGAAGGCCAGGGGCCUUCCUAACCCCAGAAGCUGAUUCCAGUACCUCCUGCAAGGACUGUGAUGGGAAGUGCCGGCAUGCAGCACCUAUGUCCCCGGGAUGGCACACAUUCAGGUGCUGGGGUGGGGUGGGGGAGUGCCUGUGUGAGGUUGUGCACGAUGGGGUGCAGCCAUUUCUAAGGACCGCAUGUCCUCUGUCCUCUGUCCCUGAACCAUUGCAGUGAGCCCGGUUCAGCUUCCUAGGGCUUUCACGCUCCACCGUGUGGGAGAGCAAAUGUCUUCCAACCUUCCCCGUUCGCGGUCCGGCAGCCUUGCCGGAAGGAGCUCGGACAAAGACCGAUUCCCGGGUCUUGGCUUCGGCCCGCCCCUCCACUCUGCAUCCUGACUGGACGCCUUGGUUGUGCCAGGCUCAGGAGGUUUCGUGGGCCAGGAACAGGGUCAGGUGCUUUGAGAAGGAGCUUGUCAAGCACUUGGGGACCUGCCGUCGCCACCGUGGUUUGGGGAAAGAAAAUGGGCCAAAAGGAGAAGGGGAGUCCAGAAGAAGUGGGGUCCUGCCCAGCCUGCCCCCUGGAGCUCUCUGUGAGGGAGCCAGGGGGCAUGUGAGGGGCUUUUUGAGCUCUACUUUCUCAGCAGGAAAGCUGCUUCAUCCCCAGGGCUGGCAGGGUCCCUGUCCCCCUCCGAAGAGGCCUAUGUCCCCCUCAUCCUGUUCUUGGGCGGCGAUGGUGGAACAGGGUGAGAAACCAUGGACCUCCGUCAUGCUCUCCGGGCUUGUUUUGGGUUUGGGACCUGAACGUUUGCGGGUGGAACUGAUGUCAGCGGUCUUCCCGGGUCCUUUUCAUUCAGCGGAAACUGGGUGGGAUGAAGAGGUAGAAUUCCCCGGGCAGGUUUUUAUUUACUUAUUUUCCCCUAGGUUGACAAAACAGUAGCUUCAGGGGAGAAACAGACUUCCGGAGCAGGGACACUGCCAGCCCAGGAUUAGGAUCCUGGGCCAGCCGGGGGCGUGGGUGACUGGAGCUGCUGCUUCCGGUUUUGUUAGAAAAAGCUUUGGGAGGCUCGGAGUGGGUGGGGGAGAAUUGUACAUGACGUACUUUUAGGGUCACGCAGGGAAACAGAAGAGAAGACGCUCUCGGUUAACCUGGGGCUUGCUUGCUUGCAUGAGAGGAGCUUCGGCCUUCACAGGGGCUGCUGGGAGCAGAGGGAAGGAGCGGCUCCCUCUGGGAAGGGUGCAGGGUCUCCCCAACUUCUCGGUCUAGCCCUGCCGUCCUGUCUUCUCCAGAAUAAAGGAAGGAGGCACUGCAGGCUGGAGGCCUGGAGCCCCCAGAGCUGCACUUGCUGCUUUGGGAGGAGGGCCCAGGAGAGAUGCUAAUGUCCAGGUCGAGAAUGAAUGCAAUGACUGAUGGAGUGGCUCUGCAGGAAGUGGAGUUAGAAAGCUGGGGCAGCGGGAGGAGGUCAUGUUCUCGUGCCAGGUGUCUGUGAGGGUGGAAGGGGAGUGAAGAGGUGGGUCGGUCACGGAGUAGAAAGUGGGGAUCCUGGGAUAAGACAGUGGGACCAAAGCUGGGGGACAUCAAGGCUACCCCUGCUUUUUUCCAUGAUAACUUAGCUGCCUCUAAGGGUACUGCGUACCAGUUGGAGGUCAUCUCAGGAGAAGGAAGAGGAGUGAUGCCCUGGGGUGAGAGGGUGUGGCAGUGAAGCUCACUUGGCGAGGGGGGGGGGGGGGGGUGGCGCAGAUGUGGGAGAGUGAUCUUGUUAUUGCCCACAGACUGUGGGGCUGGGGUCUUGCCACCUAGGCCCAGAUCGGGUCUUGGAAGAGGUCUAGCUUCUGAGCUGGGCUUCCUUGCUUCUAGAAUUUGCCUCUAACACUAAGUGCUCAAAGCAAACAAGGCCACAGUGUUCUGAUGUCUUUCAACUUGAUCUAUUUGUUAUGUGGUGCUCAGGCCCCCGGAGAGGAGCUUUGUUUGAGACUCUCGGGGAGUCACAGCUCUGGCAGGUGGAAGCUUGUGAGCUCCGUGGGUUCCUUCUCAUCCGCCAAAGUGGCAGGGGGCCUCCCCUCCUCUCCCAGGGCCUCAAACUGUUCCCGAGGCACCGUCGGUGGUGAUGGAGAUGAGGGGUCAGGGCUUGGCCUUUGCAUGGACUGCCCUUCCUUUCUGAGGGGCGGAGACCACCUUCAGACCAGAGGCUUGCUACCUAGAGGUUGUUCCCCCCUUUCUCUUCCGUUGAUAGGUUAAACCUCCCCACCCCCACCCCCCUUUCUGGUUGAUGCAGGAGAGGAGAGAUUUAGGCUAAGACCAGAGCAGAUGCCUCUGUCCUCUUGGAUGUCUCCAGCUCUGCCUCCUUGCAGAUCAGGAGGCAGAUUGACACAUCUCUUCUUUAGAAGAAUUCGGAGUGCCAACACUCAGAGCCCGGAUUGGACUUCAACAUCCCUGCAGUUCUUUAUUGUCUGGUUAGGGGUGUCUGUCACGACCCCUCCCUCUGACUGGGAGCAAGUCCACACUGGUCCAGGAUUUUAUUCUGGGCCUCCCCGACUAUGCUUUCCAAAUAUGUCUUUCAGGAGCAAAUAACACAUCCCCGCCCGCUGUUUUGUGUGCUGGGCGGCUGAGAGGGCAGAAGUGUUUUCAUGACCUUAUUUGAAGUUGAUGGAAUAAUUCCUCACAGAUGAGUCUGAUCCAAAGGCCCCCAGAGAGGAGUCUUGUCUUGAGACUCCAAGGGUUUCUGGGUAGGAUAAGGGAACAGAAAGAAUGAGAGCAAUGACUCUUCAUAGCUGGCCAUGCCUUGAGGAGGAAGAGUCCUGAGUAUCUUGAUUGCUAAAUGCUUUGGUUAGAACCGCAACCAACAGUGGAAGUCACGUGGGUUUUCUCUCCCGUGUGGGUCUGUUGUAGUCGUUGGGGGUUUCUGAAGAGAACCGAUGACACAGUUGUCAGCUUUGGAGCCCUGGCCGGGAGAGCUAGGGAGGAGGAUUAGAGUAGAACAUGUUUUCAGUCCCUGCCCCUGGUCUCUGGUUCUGCCUUUCCCAUCCCAGGAGAUGGUAACAGGCAUGGCUGUCAGGGAAACACGCUCUCCCUGUCCCUGGUGCUGGGUUUCCUGGACUUAUUUUAGGAGCCGGGGCAGGGUCUGCCCCUCCACACCCCAUAAACACACCAAUUAGGUUCCCUUUUUUUCCUCCCCCACUUAUUUAUGGCUCCAGGGAUCUUGACCUUGUGCAUGGUUUAUGCUGGGGAGAUGGUGGGGUGGGGAAGGGAGUCUGGGAGGGGAGAGAGAUUGGGCUGGGGAGGGGGGAGUCACAUUUUCAGCCUUAGAAAUACCACAAGCAUGCUUUUGGGCCAUGUGUGGGGUGUUCACAUACGUAAAUGGAAGGGACAAAUGCCAACUCUCCUCAUAUUGGUCAUGAGGACGGAGGGCCUUUUUGCUUCCUCUAGGGGAGGGUAUCUGAAACCUUGUUUCAAGUGGAGGCGAAUGGACCUUCACGUGGUUACGUUGCAGUCCUUGGAAGGGAAAUUGCCCAUCAUUCUAUCAACGGCUCUUUAUAAAUUGCCUACGGCCAUCAAUCAAAGGUCAGUCAUGAGUAGACCGUGUCCUGGCUGGGCCAGAGAAGGGACUGUCUCACCUGUCCCUCCGGCGUUCCCAGAUUCUCAGUGUGAGCUUCAGCUCCCAGCCAGGUGUCUAGUCUGUGCUCCUUUCCUGGGCUCAGGAAGUAAGAGUAUGUGUGUGAGAAUGCGUGCACACGCAAGUGUGCAUGUGUGUGCAUGUAUGUGUGUGGUGGUGUGUUUGUGGUGAGUGUAUCUUGUGUGUGAUGUAUGUUUGUGUGUGGCGUGUGGGUAUUUGUGGUGUGUGUUUGUGGUGUGCUGUGUGUGUAUGUAUGUGUGUGAAGAGAUCUGUAGGGACACACUAGUUCACCUGAGGAGCCUUGGGCCUCUUUCUGGUUGACCUUUUCUCUAGUAGGCAACUUCUGUUCUGGUAGGAGGGUGCAGUUAGUACUAUACCACCUUCAGUGUAUUUUUUAUGGAGAUUGUAUAUAAAAUAUAUAAAUAUAUACAUAGAAUUUGUUCUAUUUUAAGGAGACGGGGGGAGGGGACUUAGGUAAGGGUGGGUGGGUGCAAUAGUCAUGAGUGGGAGGCUUCAGGCACGGGAGACAUCUGGGGCUGGGGAAUGGGAGGGCAGGAGAUGGAACUGGGCCAGAGGAGUGGGGCCUGGUGCCCUCAGCACACAUAUAUACAUAGAGAGGAAACCUAUAUACAGUCUAUCUAGCUAGCUUAUCUAUAUAUCUAUAUAUCUAUAUGAAGUCAUAGUUCGCUUUAUUUUUGUACCUGUGCUUAGAGAUGUUUGGAGCAGGAUACUAGCUCAUGCCUUGGUGCCCCCUCCCCUCUUCCCCAUCCUUCCCCAUCCUUCCCCUCUGCCUUUUCCUUUAAGACGCUCUGUUCAGAGUUGCUUGGGUAUUUCUGAUGGAAAUGUGUAUAUAUGACAAAUCUGAAAACAGCAACACAGUCCGCUUGCAGAAAGGACAAGUGAGCUGGAGGUUGUGGGAGUGACUGGAUCAGAUGGCCCCUUAACCCAGGACCCACAGGGUGCUUGUCACUGGGAUGGGGACACAGUGGCCGGAAACCGUUGGCACAGGGACUUACUAUGGUGAGCUUGGAGAGUCACCUUGGCCCCCAUGAUGCUGUGGGUUGGUACUCAGUUCCUCCGAAGGGAUCCAGCUUAGGGGCUCGCAGUACCUGUCCUGACUCAGGUGCUCCUGGAGGGUGUGGUGGCAGGUGGGAGGCGACUCAAGAUAGCUUUGCGAGGCUGACUGCAUGGACUGUCUCGGAGAAGAAUAUCCUGCUUGUUCUCGCUUCAGUUUCUUGGAACCAGUGUGAAUAUGAUAGCUAGUAUAAAUAUACUAUAUAUGCUUUCUCCCCCCCCCCCCCCCCCCCCCGCCCCGUUAGUACUUUAUUUGGAAAAUAAGAUGGCAUUGGAAAUGGGAUGAUGGGUCAGUCCUGGGACACUCAGGGGAGGAUGAGGAGUGAGAGAAGGAUGUGGGGCAUGACGGGGAGGAGGGAGCCAGGUGGAAGCUCCUUCUGGCACCUGGCCUGGGACUUAGGGAACUGAAAAGUGUACGGAAGAACUUGACUCAGAACUGGGGGUUCUGGGGAGCAGGAGCUCACUUGUAUUAGACCAGGAAACGUUGUGUCCCCUGAAGGAUGCCUCUCUGAGAAUUCAAGACCUCGCAUUUGCUGCGAGAGCCACAUGCCUUGCAGCCAUGGCAGUGGUCCCCUGGUGCUGGCUCUUUCUUCUGACUCGCCAGGACCUGAGGGCCAUGUGUUUGGAGCUGGUGCAGGGCCAGGUAGUGCAGGCAGCUAAGAGAAACUUCUAGAUUAGUCUCUCUACUCUCAUUAGCUUAUCAGCUAAAAGGCAAUAGAACCCCUCUUCCCCAACCGACAUGGCAGCUGCCCAAGAGCUCUUGUCUCGUGGAGUUUGGUCAUUAGAAGACCCAGAUGCCACAGCCACGGGACUCUUUUAACAUUUUGGGGAAUUAUGGGAAGAGUAGGGUAGAUAGGGUGGAACUUGAGUCUGACUCCUGACCCUUCUGCCUCCAUAAUAUAGACCUUAAGGGUCACUGCCCUUCCCUCAGGCCCUGUCCUUGGGUCCCUGAAUUACCUGCUCAGAACAUCCCCAGUUCCCAAGGACACUGAAGGAGAAGUGAGCUUUGUUGGUGAGUACUGGAAGGGCUCCAGUUCUGGGCCCACUUGGCUGUGUGUCCUCAGAAGUGGUUGUUUCCCGCAGUCUUCUCUGGAGGCCAGAGGGACAGACAGCCACAUGUUUGUUGUAAGAAUUUGUAGGGAGAUUGAGCAAGAGAAUAAGUGACACAUUCUGUGCCCCUUCCUGGCUUGCAGCCCCUCCCCCCACACAAAGGAGUCUUCCAGUUCCUGUUCUCAAGCCAUCCUCCCGUGUUGCUCUACACACCCUGUCCCACAUCUGGUGCACAUGCAACUAGUAGAAUAAAUUACUUCAGCACGACAGGCCCCUCCGAGGGUUAGUCCCUCCACUAGGUCUGUUGUUCUAAACUCAACUCCUGUCCACAUUAAGUCCAAGGCUCAAUCCGUAGACACUUCAGUGGCCACCAGGUGUAUGAGAUCAGGAGUCAUUGACCUGCACACAUCCCAUCCCAUACAACAGCCUCCAGUUGGCUUCUUCAGUUAUGCAAGCAAAAGUGAAGACAAGAGACAUAGCCCCUACCUUGAUAUUCUGGAGCUCGGAGGGGAUGUAAUUCUUAACCUCUGCCUUUUCCAUACUCCUGGCCACACCCAGUCAGGAUGAUGGAAAGGUAGACUUCGGAGAGGAAAGAUAUAUUGCCCAGCAAAGAUAUAUAGUUUCUCUGAAGAGCCAGUCUUUCCUAAAGGCAUAAAUGGAUUGAGAUCUGAUAGGAUCUGGAGUCAACAAAACUUCCUGUCUUUGAACCUCCAAGUUAAUAGGUUGGUGGAACGGGUGCUCUGAUUACACCUUUGAGCCCCACAGCCUCUUCCAGGAACAUGAGCUGAUCCAUGUGCCCGCGCUGUAUUCCCUGGCUCCCAUGUAGUGGCAUUGUUUCAAUUUGGCAACCUCUGUCUGCUGUAUGGGACAGAGGUUGCAAGCUCCACCCUACCUACCCUUCUCUUUCCACUGGGAAUUGCUCACCCAAGGAUCAGGGUGGGCCCCAUCCUUCUCUCCUUUACAUCUACCAGUAGCUUGGGGAAAAGGGGUGUGUUCAUUGCUCUUUGGCUUUUUGCUGGGUCGCUCCACUUCUGUUUGCUGGCGUUAUUAGGUUGAGCCACCGUGGACAAGAUAAUAGGACAAAGGGGAAGAGGAGGUCUACACAGCACACUUGGCCAUGAGACUUGGCCAUGACAUUUGGGUGUGGGGUGUCUCCUGUGUACAGUGCCCAGGGCCCGGGAGAGGGGGUCUCUUCUGUAAUGAUCUCCAUUGCUGGAACAUUAGGCUGAAGUGUUACCUUAGUAGAGAAUAGCAGUUUAAAGCUCCAUUUACCAAGUCGUAGACAUCAAUCUCAAAAAAAUCUUAACGUCUCAUGGGAUUUCAUUUCCGAACUACCAUCUGUGGUGGGGCCGGGGAUGGAGGGCACAGACGGGCUGUGCUUCCUCCAGGUGCUCCUUCUCCAUAGCCACCGACUGGAAGGGACCACAUCCUGUUUCCUGCCAGUGACGUCCGGUUCCUUUUAUCUUCAACUUUUCCUCUUGUCCCAGGAGAAAUGUAUCAUCCUGGACGGAAUUCUUCCAUUGCACAGCUGGAGGCAAUUUUGUCGGCAUUGCACUCGCCCGUUUCACCCUGUGCUCUGUGGACACGCCGAGGGGGGUGACCAGGCAGUGUGGGUGGUGGGGAGGGGCUUCUGAGGCUGCCUCCUCGAGACCUCUUAAAGAGUCCAUACCUCUAGAUGCCUCUUGCAUUCCUUCUUCUUUUCUAAUGAGUCUGGAUACGACUUAAUCAGUUUCGUCUCGGGAGUUCUUGCUCUCAUUUCGGACUCUCUUAUUUCCUCCUUCAACUUCCUUUGGGGGUCAGCCCCCAUCCAUGCCAGGUCUCCGGAAGACCCCUCAGACUCGUUUCCAUUCCUUGAAUGUCGAGUAUUACAACAUCACCGCGCUAGGGUGCUUUAUGGUGCUGUUCCUGAAGAGGCCAGCUGGACUGAACCUCCUCUGCUCCACUGGUUCCUUAAACUUCGCUGUGUUUUUUUUAUUUUUUAUUUGAUCCCCUCCCCCCAUUUCCCCCGGGGUUUGGGGAGGGAGGUGGGGUGGGGCUGCUUUUGUGUUUUCUCUUUUCUGUAUGUAUGGACCGGUUAAAGUCGGUGAUCAUGGGCAGCUGACUUCAUGGUAUCGGUUGGCUGACUUUGGUUAACGAUGAAAGACAAACCAACAGAUUGUACAGCUGCACACGGAAACACCUUUCAGUGUGAACUUGAAUGGCAACUCGAGGCUUACUAUUUGAACUUCAGGUAUGUAACUGAAAAGUAAAUAAAAGACACUAUUUUUUCAGUAAGCUUUUUUUUCUUCUACGAGACAACUUAGAAAUCAAACUCUUAAGAACAUUCAAUCGGUGCUGUACCAAAGCCUUAUGUGAACAUGUUCUACACUCUGUAUAACCUGUCUCUGGUGAGCUCCCUGCUCUGUCACCACCUUCUCCAAAGCCUGGGAAUGCCAGCGAGUGCCAAGCCUGGGGCUGGGUCUUGGGGACCUGUGGCCAAGGGGACCCUUUGGAGCAGAGGAUGAUGGUGAAGGUGGGACCAUUCUGCUUCCCGAGUAGACUCUGAAAGGAAACCAGGCAUUUGUGUUUGUGUGUGUGCAUGUGCGAAGGCUGGCAUGUGUGUGAGUGUGUGUGUGUGUGUGUGUGUGUGUGUACACACGUGUGUGCGGUGCAUACAGGUGCGCAUGCCAAAGUGAAUGCUCUCCCCAGGGGCCUGAGAGGGAGGCCCAGGUUCACUCUGGGAGUGGGGUGGUCAUGGCAAUGGCCUGUGUCUUAUCUACACCCCUCUCCUUGCUGUCAGGAAAUGGAGGUGUGUAUACGGAAAAGCUACACUCUCCACUAGGUGCUUUUUCCUCAAAGUCUAUAAACCCUAAGCAUUUACAAAGGGCCUGUCCAGGAGGCAGGCUCCUCCAGCCACCAAGUCACAGACUGUCAGGACAGGCGGAACCCUCUCCUCCGCUCUUGCUGGCUUUCUUGGGACAGGGGGUACCUCCUUCCGUAGCCCCUGACCUCUCAACCUGGGUCUGGGCCCCCGCCCCUCUAGGUGGGCUCUGAUGGGUGGUCCUCCCCCUCUUCCUGAUCAACAAAGAAGACCCGACUGCAGAGGACCCCUGAGCUACGCCUGCUCUGAGGCCCUAAACAAUAUUGCCUUCCCUGGCUAUGAAGGACAGUGAGUCCUUUGACCUUAGACUCUCGCCAGUUAAAAGCUGAGCGACGCCUCUAACUCACUUAGGGAGAGGGUGAGUCUUCGGCUGCUUGGCUCAGGCUGUUGUGGCUCCAAUUGCCGUGACUCGGGUCGCCUGGCUCGGGCAGCCAUGCCAGGCUCCACUCGCUGGUAUUUUCAGGCUUGCCGGCUACUAACCAACUCAUUGCCAGUAACACUGCAUGUUCAUAUAGCAAGUUAAA